GGAGAGAGGCGGCGGGGAGGAAAUCUGCAGGACGCACGGACUUGAGUGGUUCCUGCAGCCCCCGAGGAUGUGCAGGAGCUGAGGCUGCCUGUCUGGAUACGCUGGAAAGAAAGGCAAACGUUGGCUCUGGGCAGCCAGCAGGUUUAAUUCCGUUCUGCCAAGGAUCAGGAGUCUGGGGGCAGAGGAUUCACACCAAGAGCUUGAACGCCCUGGAGCUGCUGGAAUCCAGCUCCUGCUGGCGGAGCAGGAAGGGGUGUCUGAGGUUGGUUCUUGGGCCUUCCCGACCCUUCCUCACCCACCCAGGAUGUUUCAGACAGUCCCCGACACGUCGUCUUACGUCAAGGUAAGACAUGACAGCGUCUUUAAACAGGAGGCUCUGUCGGUGGUGAGCGACGACCAAUCCCUCUUCGACUCCGCCUACGGACCGGCGGCCCAUCUUCCCAAAGCCGACAUGACCGCCUCUGGGAGUCCCGACUACGGCCAGCCCCACAAGAUCAACCCCCUCCCCCCGCAGCAGGAGUGGAUGAAUCAGCCCGUGAGGGUCAGUGUCAAGCGGGAGUACGACCACAUGAAUGGGUCCAGGGAGUCUCCGGUGGACUGCAGCGUUAGCAAAUGCGGCAAGCUAGUGGGCGGAGGCGAGUCCAAUGCCAUGAGCUACAACAGCUACAUGGACGAGAAGAACGGCCCCCCUCCCCCCAACAUGACCACCAACGAGAGGAGGGUCAUCGUCCCCGCAGACCCCACGCUGUGGACGCAGGAGCACGUGAGGCAGUGGCUGGAGUGGGCGAUAAAGGAGUACGGCUUGAUGGAGAUCGACACAUCUUUCUUCCAGAACAUGGACGGCAAGGAACUGUGUAAACUGAACAAGGAGGAUAUCCUCCGAGCCACCUCCCUCUACAACACGGAAGUGCUAUUGUCACACCUCAGCUACCUCAGGGAAAGUUCACUGUUGGCCUAUAACACAACCUCCCACACGGACCCGUCCUCACGACUGAAUGUCAAAGAAGACCCUUCCUAUGACUCAGUCAGGAGAGGAGGAUGGGGCAAUAACAUGAAUUCUGGUCUCAACAAAAGUCCCCCCCUUGCAGGAGCACAAACAAUGAGUAAGAAUACCGAACAGCGGCCCCAACCAGAUCCAUAUCAGAUCCUGGGCCCGACCAGCAGUCGCCUAGCCAAUCCCGGGAGCGGGCAGAUCCAGCUGUGGCAGUUCCUUCUGGAGUUACUGUCGGACAGCGCCAACGCCAGCUGCAUCACCUGGGAGGGGACCAACGGGGAGUUCAAAAUGACGGACCCCGAUGAGGUGGCCAGGCGCUGGGGGGAGCGGAAGAGCAAACCCAACAUGAAUUACGACAAGCUGAGCCGAGCCCUCCGAUACUACUACGAUAAAAACAUUAUGACCAAAGUGCACGGCAAGAGGUACGCCUACAAAUUUGACUUCCACGGCAUCGCCCAGGCUCUGCAGCCGCACCCCACUGAGUCGUCCAUGUACAAGUACCCUUCGGAUAUCUCCUACAUGCCCUCCUACCACACCCACCCGCAGAAGGUGAACUUUGUCCCUCCGCCCCCGUCCUCCAUGCCGGUCACUUCCUCUAGCCUCUUUGGAGCAGCGUCACAGUACUGGACCUCUCCCACGGGUGGCAUCUACCCCAACCCCAAUGUCCCCCGCCACCCAAACACCCACGUGCCCUCACACUUAGGCAGCUACUACUAGACGCUUCAUCACCGGUGGCCUUCUCGCUGAAGUCCCCUUCCUCACACUUCUUGUUGGACAUACGUGGCCUUGAAGAGAAAACGAAACUGGAUGCUCUUUCUUGUUGGAUAGAACCUUUAUACCUGUUCUUUAAAAACGAUUCUUUUUUUUUUUUUUUUUAAACGUUGGUAACUCCUGCUUCCUCUACCUUGAACAAAGAGAUGGAUAAUUCCAUGGGCCAGUAUGCCAGUUGGGAGUCUCAAUCUCCUGUCAGCCUACGAGUUGAAUAUUUAGAUUACUGGAAUAGUUGUGUCAUGGGUCUGGGAAAGAAACUGUAGAUUUAUAUUUUUAGGACCAAAGCAGUUACUUAUCGACACACGGGUCUCGUCUUGGACCUUGAAGGGUUCAUAUGAUAAAGAAUCAUGGACUUAACCAGUUACGCUCUGGUUUGAGACUUAGUGAAAAUAGAGGCAGGAAGCUUAUCAUCUUAUCUUAGGAAGACCUAACUCAGUGGAUAGCAAACUGGAACAUUGGUUGUAAGGCUAGUGAAGUUUUCACCCAACUGGAAUUUCAGAGAAAGAACAAGUGUGUAUUUAAGAAGCCACGGGCAUUGCAAAAUCUUUCUCAGUGGGCAGUAAAUAUGCACUAGGCUGACCAUUCUCUCUGGAAAUAGUCAAGAUAUGAACUAAGAAAUGUUAAUGCAAAUGCAGACAUUCCUGAAAGCCAGAGAGUUAAAUAUCUUUUUUUUUUUUUAAAUAAUGACAGUGGGUCCCAGAACUUUGAAAAGUCCUAGGGAUUUCUAAACACAAACAGAUUCGCAAGUGCUGUGCGCUUGUCAGAUCGGUCCAGGGUCCACCAACCAGAAGGCAACUUACUGUAUAAAUUAUGCAGAGUUAUUUUCCUAUAUCUCGCAGUAUUAAAAAUAAAUAAUUAAAAAGUGAAAAAGAGUAAAGAAACGAGUUGACCUCGGUCACAAAUACAAUGUUAACUAUCAAAUCAGUUGCUAUUUUUUUUUAAAUGUAAUUUGUACAUCUUUUGUCAAUCUGUACAUUUGGGCUGUUUGUAUGUUUUUUAUAGCUGGUUUUUAAAAAAGCAUAAUGUGACUUAUUGCGGAAAAGAACACAGGACGUUCAAGUCACUGACUUACUAGAAAGAGAAUCACUGGUGUUGUUAUUUAACAAGUGAGCAGAAGCAAAUCAAGGCAAGCUCUUUAAACCGUUCCUGCUUUGGAGAUGUUUGUAAAUAACCGAACUGCAGCAGUCAUAACUUGGAAAAGAACAACCAAACUUUCCCUUGUGGAUACAAGGGAUCUUCCUGCCUUAUAUAUGCAAUAUAUUUUUUAGAUAUUAAAAUAUAUAUAAUUUUGCAGGUAAUCAUUGACUUUUUUAAACUAUAUUAAGUGUUAAGCUGACAACUGUCAAUGAAGACUAUGUUGUACAAUAAUUUGACUAAAUAAAUUGUGCCUUUUUCUCUCAGAA